AUGAAGUUAUCAAAGUCAUUGGUUGCUGUAUAUGCAUUAAUUGGCGUAAAUGCCAUUGAUCCAACAACCACACUUGCGCCAACUGAUUUCAGGGUGAAUAUGAUUGAACUACAGGCCUAUUUAGCCGACAUUAAAGGCCACAUGAUGCAAUAUCUAAGUUUCCAAGGUGCUCAUCCUGAUCAACCAUACCCAAGUCAAAUGAUUGGCGCUGUCAUGUUUGGUAACACUAGCCCAUUGUCAGAGAUUGCACCAGAAACUAUCACAAUGAUGAUUACAGGUGUCCCUUGGUAUAGUGAGAGAUUGAUCGGUGCUAUUGCUAGUAGACUUGCUGAUGAAGGUAUUGCAACGGCAUGGCCUACCUCUUCAUCUAGCACCAAAACUACUACUACUAUGAGUACAUCAAAUUCAUCACCAACAUCAAUUAGUUCAUCAGAUUCUACUGCGUCUUCUGAUUCAACUUUCUCGUCUUCUGUUUCUUCUUCCUCUUCCACUUCUGUUACUUCUUCCACUUCUGCUUCCUCUUCCACUUCUGUUACUUCUUCCACUUCUGCUUCCUCUUCCACUUCUGCUUCCUCUUCCACUUCUGCUUCCUCUUCCACUUCUGCUUCCUCUUCCACUUCUGCUUCCUCUUCCACUUCUGCUUCCUCUUCUACUUCUGCUUCCUCUUCUACUUCUGCUUCCUCUUCCUCAUUAUAUGUGUCAGCUUUGUCUUCUGUAUCAGCUUCGAGUAGUCCCUCAUCACAUACUAGUUCAGUAGUUGCAAGCAACUCAUCCUCAUUCCCUACAUUAAUGAGUACUGUCAGCUCAACAGAAAGCGUUACAUCUCAUCAAGAGGCUUCUUUGAGCUCUUCAGUUACCAUAUCGAGUUCUUCUGUGGCUUUGACAUCAAAACAAACCAGUUCUCAGAAUUCUGCUUUUGCAAACAAGACAGUAUCAAUUCCUUCACCAUCAACCAGUAUAUUCACUGACACUGUCGGUAAAACUAUAACUAAGGUUAUCACAUAUUGCUCAGAAACCGACAAUCAAGGUAAUGUAGGUACCAGGACUUCAAGUUACACUAUUGACGCUUCAAAUGCAAAUCUUGACGCUACAGGAUCUUUAGUUGUAUCACGUGAAACUACAACAAAGUCACGGCGUCAAGAUGCUAGUGAGGCCAUCACAGGCAAAUCUCAUUCCCUAACAUCUUCUGUUUCUGUAGUUGAGCUACAUUCGAGCGCUGUAAUUUCUCAAUAUGCAGGUUCUGCUGCCAAUUUAAGUUGUUUGAGUAGAAUUGGAGCUUUAGCUACCUUGUUAGCUUUAUUGUUGCUAAGCUAA